AUGGACGCCACCGAAAGCGACUCGUCUGUGCCUUUAGCCAGUGACUCCGUCUUCAGCAUCUCGCGACCCUCAUCAGCCUCGUCCAUCCAUCCAUCUCAUACACCGAAAGAUCUGCCAGCGGGCGCACCGAUAGCCGACUUAUUCGAGGUUCGACAUACACCGACAGCCGGCCGCGCUGUAUUCGCCACUCAAGAUAUCGCAGAGGGCACGCUCGUGUGGCGCUCGGAAGACCUCACACUAUCCGUCCUUCUACGCGAGUAUCGGCGGGAGGUGUGUGGACAGUGUUUUUCGUACGAUUACGGACGAGAUCUGGAUGUGCGGGACAAGACGGUGGGAUUCGCCUUUUGCUCAUCAGCAUGCCAGGACAAGUGGCGGGAAGAGAAUGGAGAGGUCGGUGUUCAGGCAUGGGCUGCCGUUGAGAAUCUCGUCAGAAAGAGGAGCAAGGAGGAUAGCGACAUGGUGGAUAUUGAUUUGCCGCGACCAAAGGUCAAAGAGAUCAAGGAUGCAUGGGACAGCGUUGCUGCACAAGCAGCGCUGAUAAGGAUGGCAAGAGAAGGAGACGAGGCCAGCAAGACAGACAAUGAAGCUGCGGUACCAAUAACGAAACAGCAUAAACGCGCAUUGCAGAAAGCACUACAGGAGCGCAUCACGCCCGACGUGAUGAGUUUCUGUGUCAGCGGUAUUGUUUGGCGAUACCUUCACCCUGAGCAGUGGGAACGCGUGCAAGCGCUCGCACCGGAUAAGACACCCUAUCACAGCCCCGACGAUCUCGCUGCGUUCACAAGAACCUAUCUGCACCUUCUCGCCAUCCUCCCCCAGCCCCUCCUACCCCUCGUUACGGCAGAGACGUUGAUAAUGCUGUCAUCACGCGACUCCCAUAACUCAUUCGGCAUCCGCUCCCUUGAUGACGAAGGAUCAGAAUUCUUUGGUUACGGAUGCUGGCCAGCUGCAAGCUACUUCAACCACUCAUGCGGGCCAAACAUCGAAAAGAACAGGGAAGGGAGAGCAUGGUAUUUCAGGGCUGGCCAGGACAUUAAGCUUGGACAAGAGCUAUGCAUCACGUACCUCAGCGGGGAGGAGAGGAAGCUGAGUCGCGGGAAGAGAAUGUUGAGACUUCAAAAGACGUGGGGCUUUGAUUGUGGGUGCGAGAGGUGCGAGGCGCUGUAG